AUGAGUACUAAUGAAUAGGAAUUGCAAAAUAAAGUCGAAAAAUUUGUUGAUAAUACUUAGUACAUGAAAAAGGCAAAGUCAUUUCAUAGGUAGAGAUCAUCUAUUUCAAUUAAUGAAGAAUAGAGAGAUUUAACAUAAGAGAUUGCAGAAAAAGAACUGUAAAAGUCCACUUUGUUGGAAGAAUUGUUAAAACAAAUUUCAUAGAUUGUUGAUAAUUUAAUUCAAAGACACAUGUUUGAUUUUCAAAAUCAACUUCUCCAUAUAUAGAAUGAACUGUAUUAAUUGAAGAAUAAGCAGUGUACUAUAGGAAGUUAGGAGAGUGCAAUAAAAUAGACAAUGGUUUUAUCAAAGAAUAGUUCCUUUACUGAUUUUAAUGAGCAAUUUCUCUAUGAUGAAUAAAUCAAAAAUCUGAAAAACAAAAUCAAAAAUCUUAAGGAGGAUGUGAAUAAGAAGACACAAUAUCACGAUUCAUUAAUCAAUAUGCUGUUGGAUUAAUAGUAAUUAUUAUUUAUUAUAAAAUUAAAGGAAGGAUUUAAAAGAGAAUUUGAGAAAAAAUUAAUUUGA